UAUAAGAAGUGUAGGCACACAGAGGAACUUGUCGGGGAAUACCUACAGCUAUCGAUCGGGAGUAAAACACGGUUGUAGCAGCCAUGUUGGCCAUCCUUGUCAUCGCUCUCCUGGCGUCCACGUCAUUGUCCGCCGAGGUGGUGUACAUAACCUCUAUGCAAGGAUGGGCGUACUAUAAGGUCCGUGUGUCCGGUCUGAUGACGCAAACCAACAUCCAAGCCGCGUGUGUGGCAGAGGGUAUGAUGUACCCGUGUAUGCGGGCAAACCUGGACUGUGGUGGCGGACUACAGUGGACCGCGGACUGCCCUGCACUUCCAGACGGCAACGGAACCGACCCGGCCGGCGCUUGUCGUGUUCAGGUAAUGAUGGCUCAGAGCGCCUGCGGUAUCCCGGAGCCGUACCGGUGCCAGCCGCUAGACGGCACGUACAUCUACAUCCCCGGUUACUCCGCCAGCGAGGCAUGCGGUAUCGAUGUGGCGGGGCCAAAUUGGUGCGUAGAUGGAGAUGUGGUCAGUGACUUGUAUGCCACCUGUGUCAAAGAGCACGUGAAUGAAUGCCUGAACAGUCCGUGUAACAACGGCGGGGUGUGUGCGGACCUGCCGGACGGCUACCUGUGUAUCUGUCAGGCUGGAUGGACGGGACAGAACUGUCAAACAGAGGUAGAUGAAUGCGCCAGCAAUCCUUGUCAAAACGGAGCUACCUGCACUGACGGUUUGAAUGGGUACAUCUGUACUUGUGCACCUUCGUGGAUCGGUGAUCACUGUGAGAAUGAACGACCCGAGGUAAAUCUCCUUCAUGACAACAAGUGUUACCGGCUGUCCUCUGACACUGCCAACCACGCUGACGCGCAGACAAGCUGCUCCGCCAUUGGUGGACGCCUAGCCAUCAUCAAGGACGCCGGUGUACAGGCCUUCCUCGCCAACGAGAUCCGCCAGGGGGCGGGCGUGUCACACUGGAUCGGGCUCAAGAGCUCAAACGUCACUUUUCAACACAUCGAUCUCUCACCAUUAGCAGGCUAUACAAACUGGAAGCCCGACGAGCCGGCUGAGCUCUGUGUACUUAUGGAAAAGGACGGAGAUUACAAGUGGACGGCGGAAUUCUGUGAUAGUGUACACAACUAUGUCUGUGAAUCGGCCGAGUCACCCUGUCGCCUAAACGUCUGUCAAAAUGGCGGCAACUGCACCGCCUGCUUCGAAGAAGAUUUCGUGCACUGCGACUGCCCACCUGGCUUUGAAGGAGAACGAUGUGAAAUCGAUACCGACGAGUGUGACUCAUCGCCCUGUCAGUUCGGCGGGACGUGCAAAGAUGGGAUCGACUCCUUCAUCUGUAGCUGUCUGCCAGGGUACACUGGGGACGUGUGUCAGACAGACAUCGACCUGUGUAACCCCAACCCCUGUCCGUUCGGCUGGGCCUGUGUGGAUACAGGACCGUCUCUCCACUGCGACGCGUUUGGGCGCGACAGUCCCCAUGUUCGGGCGGCAGUCCCCUACAGCUGCACCAAGGCGUCCUGUCCUGACGGUAUGACGUGUAUGGAGGCCGGGCCUGGGUCCUACUCCUGCACCGUCGGCUGAGGAACAGCGGCCUUUCAGGACCAACUAUACGAAUCUCCAAGCAGAUCUAACGGGGAAAGAUAGUAUCCAAAGGGCUAAAAACCUGGGCGAUACUUUUUAGCCCUUUUGCUUGUGUCUUGCCAGCGUUAGAUUUGCUUGGAGGUUACAACUCCCCACCGAUACCAGCAACAUUCGUGUGUGCUAGAUUUAUAGAUGACCCCAAUCAGGAAUUUACCGAAUUAGAACAUACACCUCUCUAUGACACCAAAUACAAUUAAACUUAAGCAAAAAUACUGUAUUGACUGUGUUGAAAUGCUAUGAAGGCUACUAGACUGUAUAUCGAAGAAUGAUUUUAUGCAAGACGUUUCUGUUCUUUGUUGUGACAAUUAUGACAUAUUGGAAAACACACAAGUAACCCGUGCUUUGACUUGGGAAUGGGAACUGUCAUCUAAAAAAAACAACUUGGAAAUAAGCCGACAUAAGUCAACAUGACUGUUCUCACCAGUCGUCGUUGAACGGUACCCACUUUGGGAUAAUGCACUGUACCUUUGUAUUCCUUGCUUCAAUAAACAGUUUUUAUCAAUCAUAA